CCACGAUCGUCUGCAUUGCAAGCAUGCAUGGGUGAAGCUGGCGCCGCUGGAUUUGAUCAAAUAUUGAAGGCACGAUGCUUGGGAAGCUCUCUGGGAGCUUUUCAAGGCGCCUCGCGGCCGCGCUGAAGGCGAAGCAACUUUCGAGCGCUGUUUCUCAGCUUGAAGCCGAACGGUUCACGCACACCCCGGUUAUGCUCACGGAAGUCAUAGACGCUCUCAACGUUCAGGACGGUCAGACGUUGAUCGACUUCACCUUCGGUGCCGGAGGCCACAGCAAAGCCUUACUGAGUGCGGCGAAAGACGUCAAGGUAUUCGGCGUGGACAGGGAUCCAACAGCGUACAGGGCUGCCUGCUCGAUCGCCACCGAAUACCCGGGACGGCUGUUUCCAGUGCUGAGCAGGUUCAGCGAAGUGGAGGAAACGCUAGAGCAGCUGGGCGUGGAGCCAAACUCCGUAGACGGAGCCAUCCUGGACUGUGGCUGCUCCUCGAUGCAGUUUGACGACCCCUCGCGAGGGUUUGCCUUGAGCACCAACGGACCCCUGGACAUGCGGAUGGACGCGGAGAGGUACCCGAACGAGCCGACGGCCGCCGACGUGGUCAACUCCCUGGACUACGAGUCCCUGGCUCGGAUCCUGAAGGUGUAUGGCGAGGAGAAGAAGGCCAAGAAAGUGGCACAGGCCAUCGUGGACUCCCGGUUCAUGAUGCGCUCCAUCGACACCACCUGGGAGCUGGCCCAGCUGGUGGAGACGGCGCUCAGCGACGGCCUGGGCGAGCGUCGAGACAUGCUGGGACGCCCGACGCACCUGGCCACCAAGACCUUCAUGGCGCUGCGCAUCUUUGUCAAUGACGAGCUCAACGAGCUGAACCACGCCCUGACCAUUGGGAGGCGCCUGCUGCGGCCCGGCGGCCGCCUGGCCGUGCUCUCCUUCCAUUCGCUCGAGGACCGCCUGGUCAAGAGGCACUUCCAGGGCAUCGACCUGGACGAGCCCGUGAGCGGCUCCAUCGCCCAGAAGUACCGCAACGCUGCAACGUGGCACGGCCGUGAGGAGAUGGAGGUGGCCAGGAGGCGCGUCUGGGAACCCAUAGGGACGUUGGGCUUGCCCAGUGUCCAAGAAGUGGAGCGGAAUCCCCGGAGCCGCUCGGCCAAGCUCAGAGUUGCCGCCAAGCUCCCAUGAGCCGGGGCCUUGGCAGAAGCAGGAGCCCUGGAGCUUCAAUUUAUGUCGAGCCGAAAGCGCUCUUGGCUGCCGGUUGGAAGUGGCACCGUAGAUUGCGCCUAAUCGACCGAUCGGACGUUCUUUACCCUUUUGCGAGUUGGCGAUUGGCCACUACUAUACGUACAAGAGCCGAGGGUGGUCUCAAUGCUUCUUGCGUCCUCGUCCAUCCAUCUUGUGUACGGCGGCGGAACAACUUGAGAUUUGCAAAUAAAGCUCGAGUUGUCGAUGGUUUCCGGCGCUAAAUAGCGGACGAUCGCAAUUGCGGCCUGCACCCAAUGUCAAUUGGCCGCCGCACUCGGUUUGCGGCGGACAACCUACUUCUUAUGGUCCAUCUAUGAACGUUAUCUCCGCUCGUUCCGCAGGAGGCAAAUUAGAUCUCACUCUCGCAGUAACCAAAAUCGGACCCCAGGAAGCGUGUCGGAGAGCCGUCGUGUGCUUCGCGACUUGCGGACACUGUAGUUUUCACCCUUUGCUACGGUUGACUCUCGGUAAUUCAAAGCCACUUUAUUCAAUAUUUCGGUUAAGUCAAAGCGAGGGUGUAGUCCCUGUAAUUACACGCGCGAGUCUAUGAAAAUAAAAUGUCCGGUAAUUCACACUUUAACUUCUGAGACUGGUUAAUUUGAAGAAUUUAUUUACGUGUUCGACAAGUCCCACAACUUUAGGAGCAUGAAAAGGCCUCGCAAUUAUGCUGACCAAGCUUAAAUUGCACCCAUGCACAAAAAAGGAACGAGCGCAGAGCACGAACAAGCCGCCAGGCAGACGAGGCAGUUAAAGCGGCCAAUCCACACCGAAUCAAACCGUAUGGCUGUGGACACGCGCAUCGUGACGUCCUACGAGAUGUUUUGUUUAUUGAAUACAUUGAUGGUCAACAAACAUGUUGUGGUCUGUAGUCCGCUUUCGCAUAGUGACAUUGUGCAAGUGGAUGGUCCGAGGAACGAUCACGUCGCUUUACGUGCCAAGUGGGCGAGUGGAAAUUGUUUGCGCCAUUAUAGAGUACAAUUUUGCAAAUUUUUUUGGUAAACUGCCGAAGGCACCCUAAAAAAGGUUACACAUUUCUAGAGCGUAGUUAUACUGCACAUCCUCAUUAGCGGAAAACUAUGCGUCUCGAUUAGCGGAGGCAAGCAGAGAACAACUUUUCCCGGCGAGUACUGAAUAAAAAGCAAACAGUCUGAGUGUGUGUUUUUUUUUCUUAAUUC